AUGCCAAGAAAACGCAAAGGGGCUGAUUUGAGCCGUAAUACAAGUAGGUCCAGAAGUAUGAGAGAUAAAAGAUCCCAAAGAACCGAAGAACAAGUCCAGCAACAAAAUGCUGAUGCACGUGAGAGCAUUCAGCAAUUGUGUCAAGAACAAUCAGAAAAUACACGAGCUGAGCGCAAUAAAGUUAUACGUUUAGAACAACGACAAUCACGCCGUUUUACGGUUAAUAUACGAAGAACAAAUGACCAACAACGCCAACAGGUACAUCGUACAUUUACAUCUGAUUCAUUUUUGCGUCUAGCAUUCCAGUACGAGUCCGAUAUUGAAUAUUAUGCUCAUUCAAAAGUGGUAAUUGGUGCUAUGGAUAAGGAAUAUCCGCAUUGUCAUGCUCUCAAAUUCAAAAAUGAGCCACCUGGGAUGUGUUGCGCGUCAGGAAAAGUGCAACUACCUGAAAUUGAAACACCACCUGAACCAUUGACUGGUUUACUUAUCAAACAACAGUUGUUGCCAGGGAACUUGGUAUCAUACAAAUCUAUUGAUACAGUUUGCGAUGCCAGCGAAGCUGUCAAUAUUCCCACAGAAUUUUUUAACUCACUGGAUUUGCCAGGCAUGUCACCGCAUAAUUUACAAUUGAAAGCUGGAUCUCCAUUUAUCUUGCUUCGUAAUUUAAACCCGCCACGGCUGUGCAACGGUACGCGGUUAGUCAUUCCAAAAUUGAUGAAAAACGUUAUCGAAGCCAGCAUUUUAAAUGGAAAGUUCAAAGGUGAAAAUAUAUUAAUACCACAGAUUUCUAUCAUACCUACAGAUGUGCCAAUUCAAUUCAAACGAAUUCAGUUUCCGAUUAGAUGGACAUUUGCAAUGACAAUCAAUAAAUCCCAAGGCCAAACGAUGUCUAUUUGUGGCUUAGAUUUGAGUACACCAUGUUUUUCACACAGGCAAUUGUACGUAGCAUGCUCUCGAGUGGGUAAACCGUCCAGUUUGUUUGUGCUCAAUAAAGAUGGGCUAACAAAAAAUAUUGAUCACGCUAUAGCAUUAAGAGAUUGA